GCGGGGCCGGGCCGGGCCGGCAGGCGGGGGUCCGCACCGGACGAGGGCACCGCGCACCUCAAGCACCCUGCCCGGGCUGCUGUGCCCCGCGCGGAGGUCCCGGGGGCGCGGGGACCUCAGGGCCCCGCUCCGUCCGGGCGGUGCCCGUCAGCUCGGCCGGGGAGGGGGCGCGGGGGUCCCCGAGGGCGCGCCCGGCGCAGGCGGGCAGUCCCCGCGUCCUUAGAGGGGCGUCCCGUGUCCGCGCCCGGGGGUGCUGGGGGGUCCCCGUGUCCCUACCCGGUGACCGUGCCCCGGCGUUCUGAGGGGUCCCCGUGGCUGUGCUCGGAACGGGCUGCAAGCGCGGUGGGGCUCAGCGCACCGAGAGGGGUCCCCGGGGCUCUGCCGGGCCCACGCUACGGGAUCCCGACGGGACCGAGAGGCGCUGCCGUGCCCCCAGGCGCGGGCGCCGUGCUGUGCCGCAGCUCCCCUGCCCGGGGCCGGCCCCCCACGCUCAAUGCCGCCUCUGUUUGCCGCUCCGGCUGCUGAAAGGCACAUUGAGACCCUGCGGCACGGGCCCUUUGUAGAAAGCCCUGCGAUGGCGGCUGGGGAUCUCUGCCCCGGGAUGGGGAUCUCUGCCCCGGGAUGGGGGUCUCUGCCCCGGGCUGAAUGGCACGGGCUGCAUGGCGCGGGUCCAGUGGUGGCUGCUUGCCACCCGGGCAGCCCGGAGUGCCCAUCUGCGGGAGCCCGGGGUGCUGCCAUGUCCCCUGUGCUGCAGGGAGGGAGGUGGCACUGAGGGGCACUGCUAGCACCCCGGCCCGCGGGUGGGCACAGCCUGGGGUGGGCUCACAAUGCUCACACGUAGAGGACAUGCUGUGUCCUGGGCAGGGAUGAGGGGGUCCUGUGUCUGUGAGGCUGGGCAGGUCACGGUGUGAGUCCCUUGGGCACUGCGCUUCCUGCUCAGGUGUUGGCAUCCUGCUUGGGCGGAGCUGACACGUGUCCCUGUGUGGCUUGGAGACAAGCUCACAGCUCAUCAGUGGGGUUGGUUCUCGGGGCCACAGGAGCUGGGCCAGGCUGCCCAGCCACUCUGGAGACAGCAAGGGUCAUCCUUGCCACCCGAGAGGAACCUACUUCCUCCCAGGACCCUGUGGGGAGACGUGCCCCAGGACACUGUGACACGGGGCUCGCCUUGAGCCAGGUGCCUCAGCUCGCUGCCUGAGCUGCAGUGACCAUGGCACAGAUAGAGCUGCCGGGCAGGUCGUGCAAUCCUGCCAAGAUGCUGGGGCUCCUGGGCAGGGGGCGCAGAGGGAGCCAGGUGAGAGGGGCUGAGGGUGGUUCCAGCAGCAAACAGCCCCUGGGCAUGGUGGCUCUUAGCUGCAUGAGGUGGGAGCACCUUCUGCUGCAGGAGAGGGGAUGAGGCCCCUCAUGGCUGUGUUCUGCUGUCCCCCAAGCUCAGUCAGCACCAAAUCCAGCUCUUUGACCUUCUCCCUCCCCUCUUCCCACCAGGUUCUCCUCGCCCCCUGUCUCAUGCCAGUCCCGCCCUGCCAUGAGUCUAUGAGCCCCCUCCGGAUCAGUGUGGGUGGUCUGCCCGUGCUCGCGUCCAUGACCAAGGGUGCUGACCCCCGCUUCCGACUGCGCUGGAAGGCCAUCGUGCUGUCCUCAGCCUGCGUGGGGCUUUUGCUGCUGCUGCUCUGCCUGCACCGCUCCUCCCCAGCACGGCAUGGCCCCCCCAGCCCUCGCACCUGGCAGCUCGGCCUGCAGGCGGGGGACCGCUACAAUGACACCUACCCGCUGUCCCCGCCGCAGAGGAACCCUGAGGGCGUGCGCUACCGCAUCGGCGUCAUUGCCGACCUGGACACGCAGUCCCGGGGCUCCCAGGAGCACACCUGGUUCAGUUACCUGAAGAAAGGCUACCUGGUACUGUCAGACAGUGGGGACAGAGUGACAGUGGAGUGGGACAAGGAUGAGAGCAUGCUGCAGUCCCACCUGGCUGAGAAGGGCCGGGGCAUGGAGCUCUCAGAGCUGGUGGUUUUCAACGGGAAGCUGUACGCGGUGGACGACCGGACAGGCGUGGUCUACCAGGUUGAGGGCAACAAGGUGGUACCUUGGGUGAUCCUCCCAGAUGGGGAUGGCACGGUGGGCAAAGGCUUCAAGGCAGAGUGGCUGGCAGUGAAGGAUGAGCACCUGUACGUGGGAGGACUGGGCAAGGAGUGGACCACCACGACAGGGGAAGUGGUGAAUGAGAACCCCCAGUGGGUGAAGGUCAUUGGCUACAAGGGUGACGUGAGCCACGAAAACUGGGUGACAAACUACAACGCGCUGAGGGCUGCAGCGGGGAUCCGGCCCCCAGGGUACCUGAUCCACGAGUCGGCCUCCUGGAGCGACACGCUGCAGCGCUGGUUCUUCCUGCCGCGCCGUGCCAGCCACGAGCGCUACAGCGAGCAGGCGGACGAGCGGCGAGGCACCAACCUGCUGCUCAGCUCCACCCAGGACUUCGGGCACGUCACAGUGGGGCGUGUGGGCGACGUGGUUCCCACCCAUGGCUUCUCCUCCUUCAAGUUCAUCCCGGACACGGACGACCAGAUCAUCGUGGCACUGAAGUCAGAGGAGGACAAUGGCAAGAUCUCCAGCUACAUCAUGGCCUUCACACUGGACGGGCGCUUCCUCCUGCCCGAGACCAGGAUUGGCAGUGUGAAGUACGAGGGCAUUGAGUUUAUUUAACAGACAUCUGGAGCGAGUGGAGGCGUGUGGGCAGGCCCUGCUAGCCUGCUCCUAGGCCGGGGUCUAUGAGGGAUGUCAGGCAGCGCUCCCAGCUCUGUCCUUGGCCCUGGGCUCUCCUGUAAAGUGUUGACUGAGCUGCA